AUGAUGUCCUCUAACAUCUUGUCACGUUUCUUGCCCCCCACGGACUCCCCCUCGGUAUACGAAGCUAUUCGCGAACAUGAUGCAGGGUCCGAUUCCUCCGAUCUGGAAGAGCGUGCAGGCUUGGCUCUUGGGAUGAACCACGAAGACGAUCUCAAAGAAAGCGAAAGGAUAGCCCAUCUGGUGGAUGCAGCUCGCAGUGACGAUUACAGCCCGAACGUAGGCGUGUCGGGUCCACGAUCUCGAGGCCAUGGAGCUGUACGGCGUGGUUCAUCAUCUCGCACUCGCUGGCGAAUGCACACGAAGUCGCAGUCGCCGAAUCCUCGAUCAGAGUUCCGCUACGAGUCAGAGGACCGGGAUGGAGACGUGCCAUUGUCUCUCUUGGUAGAAGGGCUCGACGAAGAGGGAUUAAGGUCGCGUCUUCCUCCGCCCCCCCACAGUAUGCCCAGUCAACCACGAACUCCGAGUCCUGCCACAUCACCGCUGCCGAAUCAAACUCGUGAACCGACACGUCAAAAUCCUCCAAUACCAGGCGCCAUAAGCGCUCUUCCCUUAGCACGCUGGUUUGUUGCACAGCAACACCCAGGGCUGAGUGCUACUGAUCCAAAGCAAAAGGCUAUGUGGCGGUGGGCAAAUGUGGAGAAUUUGGACAAUUUCCUCAAAGAUGUGUAUACAUACUUUCUGGGAAACGGGUUUUGGUCCAUAUUAUUGAGUCGGACUUUGAACCUCCUGACAUUUGCUUUUGUGGUUGGAUUCACGACUUUCUUAACCAACUGUAUAGACUACCACAAGGUUCGAGGAAGCAAGUCGUUAGAAGAGAUCCUUGUUCCCAAGUGCGUUUCGAGGAUGUCGGGAUCGGCUACGCUUUUGCUCUGGUUGCUGAGCUUCUUCUGGAUCAGCAAGUUCUUUCAACUUUUGCUAGAUGUUCGCCGGCUCAAGCACAUGCAUGACUUUUAUCACUACCUGCUCGGCAUCUCCGAUCCAGAGGUGCAAACUAUCUCAUGGCAAGAAGUAGUCAGCCGCUUGAUGACACUUCGAGAUGCGAACCCGGCCACAGCCGCCGCAAUUUCUGCCAGACACCGGAAGUAUCUCCGCAGUCAGUCAAAACAACGAAUGGAUGCGCAUGAUAUUGCGAAUCGCUUGAUGCGCAAAGAGAACUAUAUGAUUGCUUUAGUCAACAAGGAUAUUAUGGACCUGACGCUGCCAAUCCCAUUUCUGCGUAACCGUCCGCUCUUUUCAAGAACAUUGGAAUGGAAUCUCAAUCUUUGCAUAAUGGAUUAUGUCUUCAACGAACAAGGCCAGCUGCGGACGAUCUUUCUCAAAGAUACGCAUCGCAGAGCAUUAAGCGAUGGCCUUCGCCGACGAUUUAUCUUUGCAGGCAUCAUGAAUAUCUUUGUCGCUCCUUUCAUUGUGGUCUACUUUCUCAUGCACUACUUUUUCCGAUACUUCAACGAAUUCAAGAAGAACCCGUCUCAGAUCGGCUCUCGCCAAUACACGCCGCUCGCAGAGUGGAAAUUUCGCGAGUUCAACGAGCUCUGGCAUUUGUUCGAGCGACGAACCAACAUGUCCUACCCUUUUGCCAGUCGCUACAUUGACCAGUUCCCCAAGGACAAGACGGUCCAGCUUGCUCGUUUUGUUGCAUUCGUCUCCGGUGCGCUGGCAUCGGUGCUUGCACUCGCUUCAGUGAUUGACCCAGAGCUCUUCCUUGGGUUUGAGAUCACCCCUGACCGGACCGUACUUUUUUACCUUGGUAUCUUUGGUACGGUGUGGGCGUUUGCGCAGGGAAUGGCACCCGAGGAGACCGACGUCUUUGAUCCGGAAUUUGCACUCUUAGAGCUGAUUGACUUUACACACUACUGUCCGUCAUCAUGGAAAGGACGCCUGCAUAGUGACGACGUGCGAAAAGAGUUUGCCGUGUGUUACCAACUGAAGAUCGUCAUUUUCCUCGAGGAAAUCUUGAGCAUGAUUUUCACCCCUUUCGUGCUCUGGUUCAGUCUACCUAAAUGCAGCGACCGCCUGAUUGAUUUCUUCCGCGAGUUUACGGUCCACGUUGACGGAGUGGGGUACCUGUGCUCUUUCGCGGUAUUCGAUUUCAAGAAGGGCACAAAUGUUGGAACUCCAGGUCGACAGGAUGAUCAUGGCCGUCGAGAUCUCCGGGCCGACUAUUUCUCAGCCAAGGAUGGGAAGAUGCUCGCGUCGUAUUAUGGUUUUCUUGAUAACUACGGGAACAACCCCCAGCCUGGGAAUCGUCGUCCAUUCCACCCGCCUCCUGGAUUGCCCACUCUCGGCUCUCCCGUGAUAACCGCGACUCCGGCUCGAUUUGAUCAAGCAACGCGGCUGGGCCCAGCAGGCGGGCUCUGGGGCCCGCAGUCCGUCAUGGCAGCCUCGAGAUAUCGACAGGCGCUACCCGCAGACCCAUCUCAGUCACCAGGGCCUUCCAUCCUUCUUGACCCUCACCACCAGCCGUCUCACUACGGAUUCCGCUCUACAGCGCGACAUCCGCCUCAUCAGCGUUCCCGAGCAGCUCGGUCCCAGCUACCUCUGUCCCGUGCACUCGAGGAUGAGGAUUCCGACCCGGCCGAGCCUCGUCAAUCGUCAUCUCGUCCAUCUCAGGGUGGAAUGAGCGGACCCGCUGGCCUCGGCGAGAGUAGCUUAGGUGAUUCGUGGAGAAUGAAUCCCCUUGGCCCAGAAGAUGAAGCGGUUGCGGAAGAUGACGACGAGAAUCUCGACGCCAUUACUGGCGGUGGAGGUGUACUUGGACUCAUCCAACAAUUUCAGAAAGCGAAUGCUGAAAGCAGAAGGCCGCCUAUGGGGAUCUAG